AUGCCAGCUCCAUUAGCAAAAGGCUGGGAUAAUCUCGGUUUCAGGAGUGUAGUCAUUGACAUCGUCACAGGAAUCAUCAUCGGCGUAUCCGUCCUCGUCGCAGCCGGUAUCGCAGUCUACGAAAGCCCCCAAUUCCGACGAUGGUUAAACCAAUCCCGCCGCAAGGUAGCCGUCGCCCUCUAUAACCUGGGCGAUGAAAUACAUCCACGGGAAGUGCAUUCCGAGGACAUCUCCAUGACCGAAGAAAGCGGCGAAGUAGCCGAGGAACGAAGACGUAAAGCGCGAGAAGAGAUAGAGCAACGGCGACAACUCAAUCAGUCGCGUCGACGCAGGAGUACUCGGUCUAGCAGUGCAGCUACCAGUUUUGAUGCGUUGGUGGAUAAGGAUGGUAGAUUACGGACUGAAGACGGUGAGGACGAUACACGUGGUAUAUUUGAAAAUGACCAUGCGGCUGCGCAGUCAACGGCGCUUGAUACCAGUAAUCUGAGUUCAUUGCAUAAGCGUGGUGGAUCUCCAGAGCCGGAAGCUCUUACUAAUGCUCGUCUUCAAGCUCAGCAUGAAAUGGUAGAGGCUAUGGAACGGGAUCGUCUUCAUAUCGCUUUACCAUCUGAGACUUCAUCGCAUCACCCUUCAGAAUCGCUAAUUGAUCUUACCCCGACUUCCGAGUUUCCCGAAACCACUCGUGAGAUAACGUCGGAUCGCGGCCAGAUGGAGAACUCGGAAUAUUUUUCAGUUGCGAAUUUAUCAAAUUCCACGCACAACUCUGAGAUCGGUCAAUCCGAGUAUUUCUACGCUCAUCCGAAUUGGUCACAUUCCUCUACAGAAUCUUCCAACCCGUUUGUCGAGCACGACGUAUCGACUACAUCAUCGAUACCAGGUAGUCUCGAACAUGUCCAUGACGGUUUGUCCUCGGAUGGCACAUUGAGUGAAUGGGGACAGCCUACCGAUGGAGUAAUGACUCCUGCCAGCUGGUCUGAGGUGGGCAGCGUGGUCAGCAGUGAUGAUGAGCAUCACCGUCAAUGA